UGAUCACCUAUUACUUACUACUAAAUUUAUUGUAAUAUCUCCCAAAAAUAAAAACCAAGAAAAUGGAAAAAUCACAUGAGAAUGAACACCCAGUGAAGGCCUUUGGAUGGGCAGCUAGAGACAGUUCUGGGGUUCUUUCUCCUUUCAACUUUUCAAGAAGGGUGACUGGUGAAAAAGAUGUGCAGUUCAAAGUAUUGUAUUGUGGAAUUUGUCAUUCUGAUCUUCAUCAGCUCAAGAAUGAAUGGGGAAAUAGCAUAUUUCCAAUGGUACCUGGGCAUGAAGUUGUUGGUGUUGUAACUGAAAUUGGUAGGAAAGUGGACAAGUUUAAAAUUGGAGACAAAGUUGGAGUUGGAUGCUUAGUAGGAUCAUGUCGAAAAUGUGAAAAUUGUGACAACAAUCUCGAGAAUUACUGUUCCAAUCAGAUAAUGACAUACAACGGCAUUUACUCCGAUGGAACCACCACGCACGGAGGUUACUCCGAUAUCAUGGUAACGGACGAGCACUACGUGGUUCACUGGCCGGAAAAUUUGCCAAUGGAAGCUGCUCCUCUGUUAUGUGCUGGAAUUACAACUUAUAGCCCAUUGAAAUAUUUUAGGCUUGACAAGCCUGGAAUGCACAUUGGUGUUGUUGGCCUUGGUGGGCUUGGCCAUAUGGCUGUGAAAUUUGCCAAGGCGUUCGGGACCAAAGUUACUGUUAUUAGUACAUCUCUUAGUAAGAAAGAGGAAGCAAUUGAGCGUUUGGGUGCGGACUCGUUUUUGGUCAGCCGUGACCCUGACCAAAUGCAGGCUGCUGCGGGAUCGCUUGAUGGCAUCAUUGAUACUGUCUCAGUAAUUCACCCUCUUCUUCCAUUGAUUAAUUUGUUGAAACCUCACGGGAAGCUUGUGAUGGUUGGCGCACCUGAAAAACCACUAGAGUUGCCUGUAUUUCCCCUGCUUUUGGGAAGGAAGCUAGUGGCGGGGAGUGCGAUAGGAGGGAUGAAGGAGACACAAGAAAUGGUAGAUUUCGCGGCGAAGCAUAACAUAACACCAGAUGUUGAAGUCGUGCCAAUGGACUAUGUGAAUACGGCAUUAGAGCGUCUUUUGAAAUCGGAUGUGAAGUAUCGUUUUGUGCUUGAUAUUGGUAACACAUUGAACAAGAGCUAAGAUGGGUACUUCUUGUUUCUGGCAUAACUAUGUUUUUAAGUCAAGAAAAUGAGAAUUGGGGUCGAUCCUAUGUGCGUCAUAGGCUUAUGAUUUUGUUUUAAGCUUGCAUGUAUUGGUUUUUAUUUCUUAUGUUUUGUGUAUCAAAAGGAAGGAGUCAGAGAAUAAAUACGAUAUUGUGUUUUAUAGUUUUGA